CGCGCUCCCAGGUGUGGUGACGAGCUCAACGCGGAAGUGAGUGUCAACAGCAGACAGCCUGGGAGUCAACUGUCCUCAGACACGAUGUCCAACAAUCAAGAGAUACGAUACUGUCACCGAUUCUCCUACAUUUUGCUCAAAUUCACCCUGUUUGCGUAUGGCAUCGUCUGGUGGUUGAUAGGUGGCUUCAUCCUGGGCAUUGGCAUCUACGCUGAGGUGGAGAGACAACGCUUCAAGACUCUGGAUGGAGUGUUUUUGGCCCCGUCGAUAAUCCUGAUCCUUCUGGGAAUCAUCAUGUUUAUUGUUUCACUCAUUGGAGUCCUGGGUUCACUGAGGGAUAAUAUAACGCUUCUGAAAGUGUUCAUGUACACCCUCUCUGUGUGUCUGAUCCUGGAGCUGCUGGGAGGAAUAUUGGCGCUGGUGUUUCGGAACCAGACAGUGGGGCUACUGAACAAAAACAUCCGAAAAGGCAUCGUUAACUACUAUGAUGACCUUGACUUCAAAAACAUCAUGGACUUUGUGCAGAGGAAGUUUAAGUGUUGCGGGGGUCAGGAGUACUCAGACUGGUCGGUCAACAUGUAUCACAACUGCACUGCACCGGGUCCACUGGCCUGCGGAGUUCCUUACACCUGCUGCAUUACUACUAAGCCUAAUGAAGUGGCAAACACUUUGUGUGGGUACAAGGUGUUGGAAAAAGAGCGUUUGGAUUUGAUCGAGACCAUCCAUAUCAGAGGCUGCACGGAUGCCUUCUUCAUCUGGCUCAUGGACAACUAUAAGAUUAUGGCUGGAAUGCUGUUAGGGAUCCUACUGCCUCAGUUCUUCGGUGUGAUUAUCAGCUGGCUGUACAUAACCCGUGUUGAAGACUCCAUCAGUGAGUGCGGUCACUACAUGGACCUGCUGGACUCAAACACACAUCAAAGAGCAGCAAAGAGUCAGGGCCGCAUGGCUAAGUGGUUCAUGUGUAUGCCAGAGAUCGACUGACGGAGACAAAAAACUAAAAAGCAGCAAAUGGACUCCAGCCAACGCCCCUAGUUGAAUGACUCCGUGGAUCCAGAUGCUGCUGCAGCCACAGUGUGAGCUUACACUGAACUGCACAAUUACUACAUGUUUUUCUUUUGGUCCAAAGGAAAGGUUCAACAACAAGAUUCCUUUUUUAGUUUGAACAUAUGUAUCUAAAACAAAAAAUGUCAAAGGGCCGAAUGUGGUGUGAAUUAUUAAUAACUGUGUUAACAUACAGAUUACUAAUGCAUGUGUGGGACCUCUAAGAGCUCCUUGAGAUCAGGGCUUUUAGCUGCAUUGGGCCCAGGAGAGUCUCAGGCAGACAAACAAUACAUCCACUUUUGCUUCCUCUUUUAUAAUAUGACAUGAAAUAAGUCUGUUCAUUUCCAACACAAAACCACAAUAUACAUUACUAAUAUUACUUUUAUACCAGUGUUGUUUUUAUGUUUUGCUACCAAUAAAAUCAUUGCUAGGCUCCUUUUAUAACAACCACAUGUGAAGCGGCUCCUAUCAUCUAACCAAUACUUUGAUUGCCUUCCUUGUAAAUACAACUGGAAAUACUUUGAGCUUGAAAAUGAAUUAUGUUUAAAUUUGAGGAUGGAGAAUAAGUUUGUAUGAAGUACCCUGCAGUAUUUACUGAACUUUUAUGAUGUGUCCAACACAACAAGGGUUGUUUAUAAUGCUGACAUUUUCUUUAUCAAAGCCUAACAUUUUACUCUUCAAACUAUAUUUCUUUCUGGUGUUAUAUGAAAAUGAAGUUCUAUUUUGAUUUAAAAAGAUGAUUAUUAAUGCUUUGCCACUGCCAUAACAAAUGUACAUCUCAGGGUUACUGUUAGGUAAAGCAACCCUUCUUCUACUCUGUAUGAAUGUAUGUACAACUUUUAACAGCAAAUCAAUCUGUCAUAUACCAACACACAUUUCUUAAGGAUUAGGUCGCAUAAUGUUCACACAGAACUUACUUCAAGUUACAAAACCGUGUGAAUAGAAGCAAAAUAUGUAUUUGUCAAGUCCUGUGCCUUUUUACGCCCUGUAUCCACCCAGACCCUACACUCUAAUUAUUUGUUGCCUUAUUACCCAAACAAUUGUACAUUUUUCAUUGUUUCAACUGAACAUAAUCCAGGUGGUGAUUGUGCUUGAAACAGAUUCAGGCAAAAAUCAUUAGUAGUUUAGUACUAGCCAAGAUGUACUAUGAAUAAAAUGACCUUAUAAUAUCCUACAACAUAUAAUCAAGCGUGGUUUUUACUGUAGAUUUACAAAUAUGCCUUUUUUUUUAAAGUUUUUUUUUUAAGUAAAUAGAUUUUGUUUAAAAUGUCCCAUUUGUCUUUUUGACGUCACACAACAUCCUUAAUUUGAGUAGUAUCUACUCUUACUUUACAUGUACAUCACUGCUAAAUCAUGUUAAACAAGGUUCCCCUGUUAGCCUUGUAUGCACUCGGGUAUAAUACAGAUUGCCAGAUUUAAAAGAAACCAUUUCAAAUUAAGAGUACAUUUGAUUUUAAAAAUGACAAACAUUUUGAGUUGAGAAAAUUAAGAGUUUCAGUUCACACAUUACUUGAAUGUAACUUGUGAAGUUAUUGGCCUGUGGGUUGAAGGUAACAUUUAGCUUUAUGCAGUAUGAUCAAUUAGUUGAGGGUUUAUUUAAUAUGUGCUACAUUUACUACCUAAAUCUUUUACCAGCUAUGAUUUGAAAAUGCACUUUUAUGGCCUUUUUUAUGAUUAACUACUCAACUGUACAAUAUUUAUCUCAACAAAGUCCGUGUAGUACUUGCUGCCUUUAACAUGAACAGCAUGGAAGAUGUUUUCUUAACACAUUGCAUGACAUAAAUAAUAUUUCAGUGAUUGUAUCGACAGCCUUUCUAUAAAUGUCAUUGCUAUAGUCUACAGUCACUUCCACAUGACAGUUAAAGUACCAAUGUUAUCUCUUUGAAACAAUAAGAAGUCAAAUAGAUGUAUGUCCUUUUAGUUUAAUUGCUGUUAGAACAUUAAACGCACCGCCCCUAUGUAUGCCAUGUACUGUGUGCAUAUCAUGUGCUAUAUUCAAGUGCAUACACUCGGUUUACGGCUGACCUCACAGGAAAUUGCAUCAUCUGUUUUUAAAAUACAUCCCGAGUUGUUCAAAACUACAUUUAUUUAAAGAAGAAUAUGUCAAGUUGUUUGGCUUGGUUGAGGGUACGGUUUGUGAUUUCUGUUGUUUAUCUUCGAGAGGAAUGAAGCACAGAUUAACGUCUUCCUGUGAAGGGAUAUUUGGGGGUUAAGGGACUGUUAAAUAAAUAAUGUCUGAUA